CUGGAGCAACGUCAUGCAUCGUUGGUAACGUCCACUGACCAGUGAUCGGACCGGCGGCGAAGAGAAGCAGCCCCCCUCCGCCGCCACUGCCAAAACCGAAGGUCACCAAGGGGGCCCUCAAAUAUAAGAUCGUCGUGCGAUGUCUUCGCGAAUUUCUCGGCGAUUUUACCGGCUCGAAGGCACAGAGGACCUCCUGCUCGACCGUGGGGCCACCGCGGAGGCCGAGAACCGAUGGGUCUUCGAAAUAUCCUGGGAAGUCUGCAACAAAGUUGGAGGCAUCUACACAGUCAUCAGGUCCAAGGCAGAGGUGACAGUGGAGGAGUUGGGUGACCAGUUCUGUCUCAUAGGGCCUUACAAUGAAAACCUGGUGCGCACCGAAGUGGAGGUCCUGGAGCCGCCUUACAGUAUCUUCUGGAACAGCGUCAAGGCCCUGAAGGAACAAGGCAUCAAGGUGGUGUAUGGGCGGUGGCUAAUUGACGGCUACCCGCAAGUGCUGCUGUUCGACAUUGGGUCGGCGGCGUGGAAACUGGACGAGUGGAAGAGGGAUCUCUGGAAUACAUGCAACAUUGGGGUUCCCUGGCACGACCGGGAGUCUAACGACGCCAUCAUAUUUGGCUACCUAGUCGCAUGGUUCCUCUCCGACUUCAUGAAGGCAGUGACAGCGGAGAAGGGCCCGCCAUUUGUGGUUGCUCAGUUCCACGAAUGGCUAGCCGGCAUUGGGCUGAUGCUCUGCCGCACCAGGCACCUGGACGUUGCGACAGUCUUCAUCACGCAUGCCACGCUCCUCGGAAGGUACCUCUGCGCUGGCAACGUGGAUUUUUACAACAACCUCGACAAGUUCAGUCUCGACAAGGAAGCGGGAGACCGAGGCAUCUAUCACCGCUACUGCAUGGAGCGAGCGGCUUGCCACAGCGCGCACGUCUUUGCCACCGUCUCCGAAGUGACUGCCAUGGAAGCUGAGCACUUGCUGAAACGAAAGCCAGAUGCUAUCACGCCAAACGGCCUCAACGUCAAAAAGUUCAGUGCCUUGCACGAGUUCCAAAAUAUGCACGCCAUUGCCAAAGAAAAGAUCCACGACUUCGUACGGGGCCACUUUUACGGGCACUAUGACUUUGACCUGGACAAGACUCUGUACUGCUUCAUUGCGGGUCGCUACGAGUUCUCCAACAAGGGGGCCGACCUGUUCAUUGAGUCCCUGGCUCGCCUCAACCAUUAUCUCAAGUCUUCGGGAAGUGAAGUCACGGUCAUAGCCUUCCUCAUCUUCCCUGCCAAAACCAACAACUUCAACGUUGAGUCGUUGCGUGGACAAGCCAUCUCUAAGCAGCUGCGCGACACCGUGCAGCAAAUGCAGUCAACGAUCGGCAAGCGGAUGUUUGAAAUCUGCCUGUCGGGCAAGAUCCCGAAGGGGGAGGAGCUUAUCUACUCUGAGGACCUAGUUCGGCUCAAGCGCUGCAUCUACGCUUCUCAGCGCACGACGUUGCCGCCCGUCUGCACGCACAACAUGCUCGAUGACUCGUCGGACCCCGUGCUUUGCCACAUCCGGCGCUGCCAGCUCUUUAACCGGAGAGAAGACAGGGUCAAGGUCAUCUUCCACCCGGAAUUCCUGUCUUCAACGAAUCCACUGUUCAGCAUGGACUACGAGGAGUUUGUGAGAGGCUGCCAUCUAGGGAUCUUUCCCUCUUACUAUGAGCCUUGGGGAUACACCCCUGCCGAGUGCACCGUCAUGGGCAUACCCAGCGUCACAACCAACCUCUCUGGCUUCGGCUGCUUCAUAGCAGAGCAUGUAGCCGACCCAAUGUCGUACGGAAUCUACAUAGUCGACAGGAGGUUCAAGAGUGCGGAGGAGUCCGUGCAGCAGCUGGCACAGUACAUGUUUGACUUUUCGUGCCUGUCUCGGCGCCAGAGGAUCAUCCAGAGGAAUCGGACGGAACGUCUAAGUGACCUCCUCGAUUGGAAGAACCUUGGAAUAUACUACCGGAAGGCACGGCAGAUGGCGCUGCACAAAACACACCCUGAACUGCUUGAGAGCGACCUGGGGUCCUCCAAGCUGCAGCUCCGCUACCCCAGGCCCAUGUCCGAGCCGCCAUCCCCCAGCGCCUCGCGAACGUCCACCCCGGCCCCGUCGGAGCACGGGAGCGAUGAGGAAGAGGAUAGUGAUGAGGGGGAAGAGCUCAAGCACACAUGAGCUCUCCAGUCCCCACCUCCGCCCCCUUCUCCCACUCCAUUCCCCACCCCCCUCCCAUUGUUGUUGGAUAUUCUGGUGGGUUUUUCUUGUCCAUCUUUCUAUUCCUCAUCCGACGGCAUUCAGAAAUGAACUCGGUGAGUGUGGGUGCGGUGGCUGAAACUUCUUGCCCUGUGGCUAGUGCACUGGCCUCUCUCCCUUUCCUUCUCUUAGUUUAGUGUUGCUGGCACCGGCUUCUUCUCCUGGUGAACUGGAAUGAACUGGCGUGAUAGUGGGUUUGAUUGCUGAGAAAUCUGGUUAUCGUCGCAGAUGCAGUUAACAGGUGUUCCUUGGACAGGUGGUGGAACGGUCCCUAACUGAAACAAAAUCGAAGAGCCUCUCUUGCCUGGCAAGGGAGCUUAGGAAAGAGUUUCUGCAUCCCAGUACGCAGUCAAGACUCGGCGUUUGUCGUGGCUCUUCGUCUGUUGUCGUGGACACUUAAAAGACGCAGUACGUGACGGAUGAACAGAGAAGUAGAGAAGCGUCGCAUUUCGGAGUUAUUUUUUUUGUGCGAAGGCACGAAAGACAUACUUCGUUAAAAAUCUUGCCGCUGGCCCAUGUUGUUUUGUAUAAAAGUUGCCAAGCACUUUUAUACAAAAAUGUUUCAAUUGCUUUCGGAGAGGCUGAAUAAUGUUUGUGCUCGCAGACUGUUACAAAUUUUAUGGGAACGGGCUGCUGAAUUGUCGAUAGAUUGUGGAACAUUUGAUUUGGGACUUUUGUUUAAUCUGAGCAUCCCUCGUUCAUUUGAGAUUUUAACCUUCGAUGCCGGGUCUCUAUUUGUUUCAACAACAACAAGCUGGCACGAUCGUAUUUUUUUUUUUUUUCUCUUUGGUAUGGGUUUUGAGCUGGAUGUUUGAUUCUCAAGUCUUUUGGCUUGUGCAGCCUUUAUACUAAUAUUUGUUUUAUACAUUCUAACAACUUUGUGCCAUACGUUUUUGACUGUCGAAUUAGGUUUAGAACUAUUACUAUAUAUACAAACAAAUACAAGUGGAUCUGUAUUUUUUGUGCGGCUUUGGGAAUGCCUGUCGAACUCCAGUGUGCAAGUGUUGUCCCGCGAAGGGAUGUGUACUGCUAGUAUGUAUUUACAACAAAAGUGGAAGCUAAGCUAUUCUCGUACAUGGGUUCCAGGUGAAGAGAUUUGUCCAUUUCUAUCUUAAAGUGACCUAGGGUGACAAUAAAUUUUCUAAGUA